AUGGCUUCUUUUUCUUCAUCUUCCACCUCCAUUCUUGAUCCUAAAAGAAUGAUCACUUCCUCAUGUAAUUCUAAUUCAUCUUUCAAGAUUAUUCCUUCUAUCCAAAUCCAAUUCCCCACCAUUAAUGCAUGCCCUAAACAAUUACACAUUUCCAAUGAUACCCAAUUUCGAUUCAACAUCUUCCAGAAGGCCGCCGCCAAAAUACUCGACGCAGCAGAAAACGCACUUCUGUCACGUGAGAAGGAGAAUCCUAUGUCCAAAACAACCGACCCACGUGUUCAAAUCCAGGGGAAUUUUGCACCAGUACCGGAGCAGCCCGUGAUACGAAACCUCUCUGUUACUGGUCAAAUACCCAACUGUAUUAAAGGUGUGUACGUUCGUAACGGUGCUAAUCCUCUCUUCGAACCGAUUGCCGGUCACCAUUUAUUCGAUGGGGACGGUAUGGUUCAUGCUGUUACGUUUGAGAAUGGGUCUGUUAGCUAUGCUUGUAGGUUCACUGAAACUGAACGUUUCGUUCAAGAAAAGGCAUUUGGACGACCCAUUUUCCCUAAAGCGAUUGGAGAAUUGCACGGUCAUUUUGGAAUUGCACGUUUGAUGUUGUUUUACUCAAGAGGGUUGUUUGGUUUAUUGGAUCAUAGCCGUGGAGCUGGCGUUGCUAACGCUGGUUUGGUCUUUUUUAAUGGGCGUUUACUUGCUAUGUCAGAAGAUGAUUUACCUUAUCAUGUCAAGGUUACAGAUUUCGGCGAUUUGAAAACCGUUGGGAGGUAUGAUUUCUCAGGGCAAGUUAAAACCACUAUGAUCGCUCACCCGAAAGUCGACCCUGUUUCUGGGGAGUUAUUUGCUUUAAGAUAUGAUGUUAUUAAGAAACCUUAUCUUAGAUAUUUUAAAGUUUCACCGUCUGGUGAGAAAUCCCCUGAUGUAGAGAUUUCAUUACCGGAGCCGACCAUGAUACAUGAUUUCGCGAUUACUGAGAAUUUCGUGGUAAUCCCAGAUCAGAAUGUGGUUUUCAGGUUACCUGAAAUGAUCCGUGGUGGAUCUCCAGUGGUUUAUAAUGAUAAAAAGAUAUCAAGAUUUGGAAUUUUGGAUAAGAACGCGGACAAUGGAGGAGAACAAGUUCGUUGGAUCGAGGUUCCUGAUUGUUUCUGUUUUCAUAUCUGGAAUGCAUGGGAGGAACCGGAGACAGAAGAGGUUAUCGUGAUUGGAUCCUGCAUGACACCGGCAGACUCUAUUUUUAACGAAUGUGAUGAAAGCUUGAAAAGUGUGUUAUCAGAAAUCAGGCUUAAUAUGAAAACAGGAAAAUCAAUCCGGCGGGAAAUCAUGAAUGAAACCGAUUCUAUAAACCUCGAAGCUGGAAUGGUGAACAAGAAAUUGUUAGGAAGAAAGAGUCAAUUCGCAUACUUAGCAAUUGCAGAGCCAUGGCCGAAAGUGAGUGGUUUUGCAAAAGUGGAUCUUUUCUCUGGCGAGGUGAAGAAAUACUAUUAUGGUGACGAGAGAUUUGGUGGGGAACCAAUGUUUGUUCAUAGUGAAGAUGGGUUAUUUGAAGAUGAUGGAUAUAUAUUGACAUUUGUUCAUAAUGAGAAGACAUGGAAAUCAGAGCUUGAGAUUGUAAAUGCAGUGACAAUGGAGGUUGAAGCUACUGUGGAGCUUCCAUCGAGAGUUCCAUAUGGUUUCCAUGGCACUUUCAUAAGUGAAAAGGAUCUAUCUGGUCAGGCAUAA